AUGGUGGGAACUCUGACGAACUUGCCGUCGAAUCCCCCAUCCUUAUAUGUCGACCUCGAGGGCGUUGACCUCUGCCGAUACGGGACUAUCUCCAUUCUGCAGAUCUUCGUUCUGCCCACGAACAAGACAUAUCUCGUCGACGUCUAUACCCUCAGAGGCCAGGCAUUUUCCCGGAAAACGAGAGCUGGGAUAAGCCUUCAAUCCGUGCUCGAGUCGCCCGAUAUCCCCAAGGUCUUUUUCGAUGUCCGCAAUGACUCGGAUGCGCUCUGCAAUCUCUACCACAUUGAGCUCCGAGGCGUUCAUGACGUUCAAUUGAUGGAGCUUGCCUCGCGCCCCGGUUGGAAGAAAUGGCUGAAGGGCUUGGCGAAGUGUAUCGACACUGAUCUUCCUCUAACAAUCGAGGAGCGAGCGAGCUGCAAAGCGGUCAAGGAGAAAGGAUUGAAGCUUUUUGCCCCGGAGCAUGGGGGCUCGUACGAGGUCUUCAACGCUCGGCCGCUCUCAGCCGACAUCAUUCGGUAUUGUGCGCACGAUGUGGAGUUUCUGCCGAAAUUGUGGAAGAAGUACGAUCAACGGUUGAAUCAAACUUGGAAGGCAAGGGUGAGCUUGGAAGUGGGAAAUCGUCUCUGGCUCGCGUGGUCUCCUACGUACAAGGGCAAUGUUAGGAACAGAGAGAGGGCUUGGGGACCCACUGCAUGGUGGUAG